AUGAAAACAAAGUGUGUUUUUUGUUGCUUUGUUUUUUUUUUUUUUUUUCCUGUAUUUUAUAUUUUUCAUAUAUUAAUUAGAUGUGUACAUAUAAAAAAGGCGCGAACAAAAUGCUUACCCUUAUUUGUGUGUAAUCAUAAACAAAAAUAUCUAACAAGAAAUAAAUCAUCUUUAAUAAAAAAAACAAAGUCAAGUUAUUUUAAAACAUUUUUAUGGGGAUAUCCUAUAUAUGAUGAUUCCCCACAUAAAUUAAGAAGACAAAAAAUAUAUCCAAAUUUUGAAUAUGGAGAACUGAGAAAAGAUCAAGACUACGAUUACGUUAUAAGUACUAAUCUUAGUCAAAAUAACCAUAAAGUUCCAGAUGUUGGCUACUUUUACAAUGUUGAAGAAAUGGGGACCGGAAAAACUGACGACAUUCACACACCAAUUGAAGUAGUUUUUGGUGAAAGAGAUAUAGAUUCAAAAGAGGUGGAAAAAAUUAAAGAUGUUCUAAAUACCUUUGACCAAGGAAAUGGGUUGGGAAUUUGUACAUUGAUGGGAGCAAAAAGAGGACACUUCGCUUUUAAGUAUAAUGGCUAUUUGGGUCACUUCCAUGGUAUUAAAAAUUAUCUAAGAUUUUUAAUUAACAAGCAUUAUCCUGGCUCAAAAGUAACUCUCAUCAGUGAGCAUUGGAUCGAUAAUAUUGACCAGCCAGUUUGCUUAAGGCACAGUAACAUUCCGCUUUCAAAAAUUGGACAUCAACGGAGAUUGGUAUUUGGCAAGUACGAUUACAUAUAUGAAAAUGACAAGAAUAAGAAAAUAUAUAAAGGAGAAAAUAGAAGUAACGUCUGGGCAUUUUACAACGACCCACAAAUGUUAACAUAA